CAAUUAGUAGAGUUUGUGGGAGAAAUUAACCCCGGGUAGGCGGUUUCACAACCACAGAGAAGUAACCAUGCGAGAAACAUAAUUUGUUGUGUGAUGUUCACUGCGACAGUUCGUGGGAGAAACCAACAACAGAUAACUUUUCUCUUCACCAAUAAAUACACCAUAAAAAUAAAACAAAAAAAAUGUCCAGUAACCUAUCAACAGACAGCUGAAUCAUAAUCUACUUUUCUUGAUGAUAAUAGACAGAAUUUAAUAAAGCUCUGUCAAACUAUUUUGGAUAUAUCCAAAGGUGUCAGGAAUACUUCGUUGUGCAUUUUGAUGACAGGUACCGAGACGCCUACGUGUGGAGCGAUGGCACUGUUGUGUUCGUUGACGUUGAGAAGGUGGCCUCUAAGAACGAACAAGCGCAGUGUACUCUGUGGUAUCCCAAGACACAUGACGUAAUGCCGCAAACAUGUGAAAAGACAUCUCCUCAAACAUAUGUUCUCUGUGAAAAGGACAAAGUCAGUGAUUUAAAAUCUCAUCUACAAACUCCAGAAAUAUCCGCUCCCACAAACACGAUGUGGACAAACCUCAGCUUAAGCUUGGUGGACUGCCCUCUACAGCACGUGACACACAGAUUUCUGGCCUGUGACCCCAGCAGUGCAUGUUGGGCUAAAGGUUACGACCCACAGACAUGCGUCGUGCCUUUCCAAACACCUCCACCUUCCUACAGGUGCGACAGUCAGAUGGAGCACGUGCCAUACACACUGGUGUGUGACCACCGGGCUGACUGUAGAGACAACAGUGACGAGGACUUCUGUCACUUUGACCCCUGCGGUUCCGACAGACCUUUUGACUGCGGCAAUGGACAGUGUAUCCUUAGUUCUCAGAAGUGUAAUGGACAGCAAGACUGUACAAAUGAAGCAGACGAGUUCUGUGUAUCAACAUCAAUAAACAAAACUUUUCGCCUAUCUUGGGUUAUGUCGGGUGAUGUUACAUUAAACUACCAAGGAAAGUUGACGCUGAAACCUUUUUCUAUAAACCAAAACUCGACAAACCCUCCUUGUAACGACACUCACUUCCGGUGCCCUCAGUCUGACGUCACGUACUGCCUGCCCGUCUUCCUGCGCUGUAACGGGCUGUACGACUGUCCUGGUCACGGGGACGAGGCGGCGUGUGACAGCUACACGUGUCCAGACUUCUACCGCUGCCGCAACUCCCGGGUGUGUGUCCAUCCCACACACCUGUGUGACGGCCUGUAUCAGUGUCCGCAGCACGAUGACGAGCUGCUGUGUGACCUCACCUGUCCUGACCCCUGUGUGUGUCACGGCCUCGCCUUCUUCUGUUCUCGACCUUUUCUCGCCCACAAGUUUCCCAGGCUGAGAUUUCUGGAUGCAAGCGGCACUGGCAUGACCCCAGCUGAUGUCAAGAACAACAGACUGUUGAUACACCUUGCUCUAGCCGCCUGCAAUCUCACACAACUUGGACAAUGUCACCGCCUUCUUGGCAUUGAUGGGAAACGCAGCGAGUUUAACAUAUCGUUUAUUCUUCCUGAAGAUGAACUCUAA